AUUAAACCGGUAAAAGAUUAACCGUGUCUCGUCGUGUUAAUCGCAGGAUGUGAUUGUGAUUACAGUGUUUUUUUUUUAACCAAUUGGACAGACAUUGGCUUUAAAAGUCCUACUACCUCUUAGUUUCGUUUGUGCGACUGUUCAUUGGAUGUACACACAUUAUUGGCCACAUUGUAAGGCCAUUAAAGCAACGUAUUGAUUUUCCCAAAAAUAGUUGUCAAAGAAACAGCAUUGCUGUGCAUUUUUGUGCACACUUUGGUGUUUCCGCAUCCUACGAAGAGGAGUGUGCGUGACUUAGCGCAGUUGUAUCAUAUAUUUCUUUGGUAAAAAUCAGUUUUCUGCCGUUCUUAGAAUGGCAUGGCAUUUUGUUGAUAAACCCAAGUCUGGCACUGAAACCGCUUUGGAUGCCUGUGAUUAUUUCGUGGACGAAGUUGUUGAAUUGACCCGCUGCUUAGAUGCCCACGAGCAAGUGCGUAUGAUAAAGCACCGCGAACUGCGUCAGGCAGUAGUGGGCGGCGAUGAACGCACCGUGCGUGUACUACUAGAAGCAUUGGGUAGUGAGCGGCAAGUUAUUGUGAACAUGGCACCAGCUGGAGCAAACACAGUGCUUUUUGUGGCCUCACAAGCGGGGUAUGCGAGCAUAGUGAAUCGGCUGAUAGAUGCUGGUGCCGAUGGACGCUCACAUGCUGUCACUAAAUAUUCGCCACUUUAUGCCGCCGUGCAUCAUGGUCACUAUAGUAUAGCAAAGUUGAUGUUGGAGCGGUUUCCUGAAUUAAUACAGCAAUCUACUGUGGAGCGUUGGCUGCCGCUUCAUGCCGCCUGCAUUAACGGUCAUAUUAAUUUGCUCGAAUUGCUCAUCAACUUCAAAUAUCCGGAGUAUUUGUAUGCCACACAUCGGGAUGAUGAGGGUCAAUGGGAGUGGCACUUGCCAUUCGAUCCGAAUGCCCAAGAUGUUACCGGCCAGACAAGUCUUUAUAUUGCAAGUAUACUGGGAAAUAAAUCAUUGGUAAAUGUGUUGUUGAAGUGGCGUGUAAAAUGUCACAAAACCUUGAAUAUUGGCGAAGGACGAAGUGGUGGCUGCUCUUUAGGACAUGCUGUUGGCGAGGAAGGCCUACACGGUUAUAGCAGUGGUAGCAGCACGCCGAUCACACCCACACGCAAACGUAUUUCAUUUGGUAUUCAAGCAAUUAUGUCUAAAUUAAAUAUAUCCGGCGAGGGAGAGGUACUGGCAAAAGAGGAAAAUGACUGCGAAAAGUGUCCCAUUAAUUUGAAUUUGCUCUGUGGCGCAGCUCGUGAAACUGCUUUAUUGGCGGCAGUGCGUGGCGGUUUUGUUGAUGUAGCCGCAUUGCUUUUACAACAUGGUGCCAACCCGAAUAUCGUGGCUAAACCAGUAGAGGAUCAUAAUGAUCCAAAGUGCAAUGAGGAAAUCUAUGGGCUGAGUAACGUGCCUAUUGCAGAGGCAUGCAAGCAGCGUUCACUAGCGAUGCUUGAAUUGCUCUUGAGAUAUGGCGCUCGCGACGAAAAUGGUACUGCGUUGAAUGUUGCCGUUAGCUCCGAGGACGAGGCGAUAUUGAGUCGUUUGCUGGCGAAGCGUGUUCAUCCUGAUUCAGAUUAUAAAAUCAACAAAAAAGGUCUGCCAACUCCUGUUGAGGUAAAUGUAUUCCUACCUUCGGCGACAAACAUCUCAUAUAGUGCAAUGUUUCCCAAUGUGCCAACCAUAAUCGAUUGGCAUAACAAUACAAGUGUUCAGCUGCCAUUUGUUCGUGUUAAUUGGUUGGUUAAUGGGGUCCUACAACUAAAUCCCAAACUUCAAGGGCAUCCUAUGGUGAAUGAAGUGGCUUUGACUGCUAUAACACGUAUUGAUUUCUCCCAUAAUAAUCUAAAAACACUUCCGAUAGAAAUAUUCAAAUUGGUUAGCUUAAGAUAUCUAAAUAUUGCACAGAACAAAAUAGCCAGCUUACCUUUACCUACGAAAAUACCUAAUAGCAGCAAAUAUGCAUAUAGGUGUCCUAUGCUCGAGGAACUAUUCAUGCAGGAUAACCGUUUAAUUACGAUACCUACCGAAAUAUUCCACUUGCCGUCGCUUACUAUUCUAGAUAUCUCGAAUAACAAGCUGCAAGAAAUGCCAUUUGAUAUGUGGAAAUCACCAAAGCUUCGUGAAUUGAAUAUAGCUUUUAAUUUGCUGAAGGAUUUACCAGUUCCGCCCAUGCAGGCCUCAACAUCCCAACUUAGUUUAGAAAAAUUAGAAUUAGAGCCAUUUUCCAAUGUUGACUGCAUGGAAGGCUACAGUUCUAAGUCGCGUAAUUUGAGUUUUCAUAAACUUGUACAUCGUAAUAUAUGGAGUAGUUCAUUAGACAUAACUGAUAAUGAUUUGAAGUGGAAUAAACCGAAGAAGGAUGAGGGUGUCUCAAAGUUAAAUAGCUUAAAUAUCGCCAAUAAUCUCUUUAAUAGCAUUCCGGCAGCGUUACCUUGUCUGGCGGUCAAUUUGACUCGACUUAAUAUGUCGUACAAUAGUUUAAGAUCGAUGGGUCAUGUUACGAGCUAUCCCGCAACACUGAAACAACUUGAUCUUAGUCACAAUGAAAUUUCUUGUUGGCCAAGUUUACCGCGCAUCACCGCUGACUUCGAUCCACAUUUACUCUGUUAUAGUUUAGUAGAGUAUUCUACCAGCGAUACGACUGAGGAAACACCUGCUUUUACUAAGCCGGUGGUGAGUGGAAAGGCAACCUCAUUUCGUAGCACUGUGCUCAAGAGUGUCUGUCGGCAUCGUCGCCACUUAAGACUCGAGUCAUUGCGCACUCUUAUACUAGCUGAUAAUCUCUUGACCCGCAUACAGCUCUCCACUGAUGACGCAACGACUCUUUUCAACGAACCCGAUGAUGCAGACUGGAGUGUUGUGGGUGUGACAAAGUCAAAGUUAAUAUUUCCGAAUUUAUCCAUGCUGGAUAUAAGUAAUAAUUGCUUAAAGGAAGUUCCUACUUCAUUACAUGAGCUAAGUGGUCUCAGCGUACUAAACAUAAGUGGCAAUGUGAAUAUUACCGAUCUCCCACCUCAUCUCGGUCUUCUCUCACGCUUGUGGAAUUUAAACACACGCGGCUGUCUGCUACAGGAGCCACUUAAAACGAUGAUUGAAAGUAAGAAGUACAAAACAAUGGAUAUCAUUGGCUAUUUGAAGUCAAUUUAUGAAAAUUCCGUGACCUACGCGCGCAUGAAAUUGAUGGUGGUAGGCGUCCAAGGUAUAGGCAAAACGACUCUCUUAGAUUUGCUACGACAGGGUGGAGGCUCACAGAAAUCACGUGCCUCAGAAAAUCAUUGGGCUAAACGCAUGGGUCAUUCACGUAAUACUGCAAAGCCGAAUCGUGGUGGAAAUAUUUCGACUGUUGGCGUCGAUAUCGGCACUUGGGUAUGCGAGAAACGUAAGAAAUCACCGGGAUCACAUGGACCUGUAAUAUUUCGAACAUGGGAUUUUGGUGGCCAAAAAGAGUAUUAUGCAACACAUCAGUAUUUUCUGUCGAAACGCAGUUUGUAUUUGGUGCUUUGGAAGAUAACCGAUGGACACAAAGGACUUGCUGAAAUACUUCAAUGGCUGGGAAACAUCCAGGCUCGCGCUCCCAAUUCUCCUGUCAUUAUUGUUGGUACACACUUUGAUGCCAUUGGUGAAACUUUUUCCGCACAGGAGGCAGAAGAAUUACAACAAAUUAUACGCGAAAAAUUUAUUGCUAUACCAGAUGCAGAAAAAAUUGGGCUGCCACGAGUAAUCGAUUCAAUUGAAGUAAGCUGCCGCACUCUGCACAACAUUCGUUUGUUGGCCAAUAUUAUUUACGACACUGCCUUUAUGUUGCGAUCGCCUGGGUCCAAAGAACCACUUCUACUACAAAAGAUACCCGCCAGUUAUAUAGCUCUGGAAGAUAUUGUCAACGUAAUUUCUUGCAAUUUACGCAGCGCUAGUGUUGAUCCUGUCCUUGAUGCGGAAGAAUAUCGGAAGCUUGUUGCCGAAGAAAUGCGUUUACAUAACUACAAGAGCUUUCGGGACACGGCAGAACUCAAUCAAGCGACAAUGUUUCUGCAUGAUAACGGUGUAAUUCUGCAUUACGACGACGCAACACUGCGUGAUUACUACUUUUUGGAUCCACAAUGGUUGUGCGAUAUGCUCGCGCAUGUGGUGACGGUACGUGAGAUCAAUCCAUUUGCCCGUACUGGCAUUAUGAAAUUGGAUGAUCUCGGAUUGUUGUUUCGUAACAUUCAUUCGCAGAAUAAUAGUAAUCGAAGCUAUAUAUUGAGUCUGUUGAAUAAAUUUGAAGUGGCAUUAACUUGGGAUUCACGGACAUUGCUAAUACCAUCUCUGUUACCUCUUCGGGAAGGUACUACGCCUAAUGCGGGUACCACUGUUAAGGUUUUUCAACGCUCACGCGCACGUAAUUUCAACUUAAGUUGUUCGAGUGAUAACAACUUGAAUAAUUUUACGUUUAAGCCGCUGAUGGAUGCUUCACAAGAUACAUUCGGCCUCGAUGUAGGACUACGACGUAUUCUCUUAAUGACUUAUUUUCCGUCUGGAUUUUGGUCUCGCAUAUUAACAAGAUUAUUGGCCGAUGAACAGAUCACCGAAGCUCUCAAAUCAACUUAUUGUGCCGCUAAUGAUAAAUCUUUGGAGUUCGACUUGCGCAAUUACUUAGAGCAGAGCACUCAAUGGAACUUAUGGCAAACUGGCGUCUCUUUGUACUUUGGCAAAAUCUUACUUUUCAAAAUAUGGGAAGUUCCCUUUCAGGCCACUAAUACAACGCAAUCAUUUCGAAAUCCGGCAAAUCGUUUUAAACUCAAGCUUGAUGGUUUGUGGAGCGAUGUAAAUUUGUCAUCCUCCAGUAUAUUGGAAAUAUAUUUUCCACUCAUCAAUAUCGCCGUAUUCCAGGAAAUGUCUGCUGGUGAUCGUGAAUUUGUUGCACAGCUUGAACCUAAUAUGUCAGUAAUUUCGAAAUUGCUAGCGCUUGCAGUGGAUCAUAUUGAUUUGUUGCUUGAAGAUUGGUAUCCAGCAUUAGGUACACGAUUUGUCCACACGUCAGAGGGGCGAUUCUUAAUCACCCGUUUGGUUUUAUGUCCGAAAUGUUUGCAAAAACUGAUAUUAGGUUGUUCUGGAGGAACAAAGGAUGCCGCUGAUAGUGGUGGUAGUCCUUUAGAUGGUGGUGCUUGUACUGUUGGUGCCACUAAAAGUAAGAGUGCCAGCCGACGUGUUGGAAAAUAUGGUGAAAUUGCCGAUGAAGGUGCCCCGAAUUUGUUUUCGUCAUAUAUGAAUGCGGUAUUACGGCGAGAGAGAAGAUCGGAGGAUUCUCUAUGCCUUUCGGAUGCCGAUUCAGGGGUAGGACCUGAUUCGACUUGUUCUUCUCGGAAUACGUCCGUUGAUGGCCAUCCUCUCUACAAUCAACACGAUAUAACAAACAUUUGUUAUUGUUGGAUGGUUGAGGAGUGCAUACUUUCCGUGUAUAACCAGACAAAAAUAGUUUGCCCCGUACACUUGGAAAUGCAAAUGGCUAUGUUGGCGCCUGAUGUGGUAUUUGCAGAUAUACCCGAUCGAUUCAGCAUCAAUUCGGAAAGCAUCAUUAAAGGUUCACUGUUGGGCCGAGGAGCUUUUGGCUUUGUAUUCAAAGCAACUUGUAAAAUAACAACAGCGCGCAGCUUUAAAGCGGUGGCUAUGAAAAUGCUGCAGCCUGUACCACCAGGACCCAGAGCCAAGGAUAGUGCAUUGAUGGCUUACAAAGUUGCUUUAGGCAAAUGGGAUCGCGAUCCAUUACAGCAUGCCUGCAAAGCCUAUUGCACUGCGCGACAAGAGUUAGCCGUGUUGCUUACUUUAAAACAUCCAAAUAUCGUACCACUGGUGGGAAUAUGCAUUAAACCGCUAGCUUUAGUGUUAGAGCUUGCUCCAGUUGGUGGCCUUGAUUCUAUAUUACGUCAGUAUCGGCGAAGCGGUGCACAUAUUGGUCCCCAUACCUUUCAGACAUUGGUAUUACAAGCGGCACGUGCCAUCGAGUAUCUGCAUAGGCGGCGUAUCAUUUAUCGCGAUUUAAAGUCAGAAAAUGUGCUCGUUUGGGAUUUUCCACAGCCGCAUAGUGAGGACACCCCACGAAAUUGCGUACACAUAAAGAUUGCUGACUAUGGCAUUAGCCGUCAUACAGCGCCAAGUGGUUCUAAGGGUUUUGGGGGUACUGAAGGCUUCAUGGCUCCGGAAAUAAUACGCUACAAUGGCGAAGAGGAGUAUACUGAAAAAGUUGAUUGCUUUUCAUUUGGUAUGUUCAUCUAUGAAAACAUUAGCCUACGGCAACCAUUCGAAGGGCACGAGUCCAUCAAAGAGUGCAUACUCGAAGGUAGUCGCCCGCCUCUUACACAGCGUGAAACUCAAUUUCCUACUUAUUGUCUUGAUCUUAUGGUUCUAUGCUGGGAUGAGUUGCCGAAGAAACGGCCAUCAGCCAGUCAAAUUGUUUCAAUACUCACUGCACCAGAGUGCAUACAUUUGUUAGAUGCAAUUUCUUUGCCCCACAGUGAAAAAGUGGUAUGCGGCGUAUUCAACACGCUAGCAACAACGGAGGAUGAAACAGCUGGUUUUGAACUCUGGUUUCCCGCCUACAAUUCACGUAUCGAUAUAUUGGAUGUUCUACCUUCGGGCAAUUUUCUACAAGGCAGCAGCAUAAUUUGCACGAAUCGUUUGCAAAUGGACCAUUCCUCACGUUCGGAGCUAAUUAAUAGCUCAAGCAGUUCACGAUCGUGUUCCGCAACGCGUCAAAAUAAAAUAAAUAUGCUUUGUUGUUGCAUAAUUGAUGAUAGUAUCUGGAUUGGUGAUGCGGCUGGGAAUUUGCACUCCUAUAGCACUACAAACUAUGAAUACAUCUUUUCGUACAUGCUAGAUCCAACUAUAAAAUCGCCAGUAAUAAGUCUAGUCUAUUUGCGUAACAUUGAGCGCGUCGCUGUCGGUUUGCACAAUGGACGUGUAUUUUUAGUGGACUCCACAAAGAUACCAACAAAUUGUGCAUUUGCUGAGGGUUCGUUUGUGUUAACGGAAAUUUGUUCCGGUCUUAUACUACAUAGCGCCUGUUCUGUCGUCAUUGACGAUAAAUAUGAACUUUGGUGUGGUGAAAUGGCUGGAAAAAUCAACGUUUUUCCUUUGAGCAAAACGGGUGUUUGUGGUCACCAAGCACUAUGUCACAGUGAAGAACCUAAUGCUAUUGAGGAUGUAAAGGUGGCUCGUAUGUGCGCGACAGAUGAUUUUGUAUUUUCUUGCCUUUAUCCUGGUUUUAUGGUAUAUCAGUGGAGUGUAUGCAAGAAACAAAUCGAAAACAAAUUGGAUUGUUCCAAACUCUUGCCUUGCUCGGAAUCGUUGAAGAGCAUAGCUAUAGAUGAGCACCUGAGCUUGAUUAAGUGUCAAAUUUCUGCGUUGGCUUCACAUGGCAAUGAGUUGUAUAUAGGUACGACUUGGGGAUGUUUGAUUAUUACCGAAAUAAAUACGCUGCGGCCGAUAACUGUUUUUCGCCCAUAUGAAAAUGAGAUAAAAAGUAUUGUUGCAGUGCCCCAUCCGAAUUUCCCAUUAAUUGCUACAAUUGGUCGGCGCUAUCGUUCUCUGAUAUCGCGAUAUAUGGACACAGUGGAUGGCGCGAAUGCGCAAGGACGAGAUGCGCGUUCGUCAUUUCGUGAUAUGGAUAAUCAUAUUCAUGUUUUGCUGUGGAGAGCUAAAAAUUGGGCAUAGUUUUAAUAUGAAAAAAUAAAAACACUUGCAUAAAGGAUAUGCGGCGAAAACAAUUUGCAAAGCUUUUUAACUAGAAAGUUAACCUAAACUUAAUUAUUCGAUUACUAAAGCAUUUCAAAUAUCUAAUUUUUUGUCACAUAAAUAUGUAUAUGUUUGUAUGUACUUACAGUGCAGUAUUUCAUGCAUGUGCAUAAUAAAAACUUUCGAAUCUCUUUGUCAUAUAUUUUUCCA